AAAAGAAAAACGCUUCGUCGUCUUCGUGUGCUUGCUCUCUCGGGCUCUCCUCUUAUCCCCAAACGUGCACGCUAACAUCUUCACUGCGUACUGCCACUCUCGAGGGGAUGGAGCUUGGCCUCGCCCUCCGGCUCGUCGCGCCGCCGCCUCCAUGCCUCUUCCAUCGAUGUCUUGCUCUUCCGCCGGAUUUUCUUUCCUCGUGUGUUCUACGAGGAAGACGCAUCCGCGCCUCGAGACUGGAGCAUGGAGUUGGGGUUGUGUCCCAUGCGAGUAUGACCUACUCAGGAGUGGAAGAGGAGGAGAUGGUGGAAGGUGAGGUGGUGGAGGAGGAAGAUUCUGAACCUAUGGAGAACACGAGGCCGCGCCUGGAGCUCAUUGAGAAGCCGGACUGGAGCCUGGCGCUGCUAGAUGAGUACGAAUCGGAGGAGUUGAGCACCUCUCAAUGCGCCAAUCACCGCAGCGGCUAUGUAGCUGUGUUGGGGAAGCCAAAUGUUGGCAAGAGCACCCUUAUUAACCAAAUGGUUGGUCAGAAACUUUCAAUUGUAACAGAUAAACCACAGACAACACGACAUCGCAUUCUUGGUAUAUGUUCUGAACCAGAAUACCAGAUUAUACUUUAUGAUACUCCUGGUGUCAUUAAAAAAGAGAUGCAUAAGCUGGACAGUAUGAUGAUGAAGAAUGUUAGGAGUGCUAUCGGUAGUGCAGACUGUGUGCUUGUUGUAGUUGAUGCUUGCAAAGCGCCUGAAAAGAUUGAUGAAAUGCUGGAAGAAGGUGUGGGAAACAAAGGUAUUGGAGUUCCUGUUCUCCUUGUGUUGAACAAGAAAGAUCUCAUAAAACCAGGAGAAAUUGCAAAGAAACUUGAGUGGUAUCAAAAAUUCACUGAUGUUGAUGAUGUUAUACCUGUAAGUGCUAAAUUUGGUCACGGAGUGGAUGAUAUCAAGGAGUGGAUAUUGUCAAAGCUCCCUCUGGGUCCUGCUUACUACCCCAAGGACAUAGCAAGUGAACACCCUGAGAGAUUUUUUGUUGGUGAAAUAGUGAGGGAAAAGAUUUUUGUCCAAUAUAGGCAGGAAAUUCCUUAUUCAUGCCAGGUUAAUGUUGUCAGUUACAAAAGCCGACCUACAGCUAAGGAUUUCAUUCAAGUUGAGAUACUUGUUGAGAAAGAAUCACAAAGAAGCAUUAUACUUGGGAAGGAUGGCAAAGCCAUAAAGAUGUUGGCAACCGCAUCAAGGCUUGACAUCGAGGAUUUCCUACAAAAGAAAGUUUACCUCGAGCUAGAGGUCAAGGUGAAGGAAAACUGGCGGCAAGAUGAACGCCUUCUGAAGCGUUAUGGCUACGGCGGCGAGAUUCAAGCGCUAUGACUACGGGGGUGCCAUCACUAUCAGUACCAGCUGCUGAGAGUAGGAGGAUGACUUUGUUUUUCCUUUUCUUUUCUUUCUCUUUGCUUUCUUGUUUUGUUGAUGUGAGAAGUUAAAAUAGCGCAGUUAUUAGUGAAUAGUGAGGUCCUCUCAGCAAAUUAUGUGGUCUUGAUGCUCUAUGGAACUGAUUUUGCUGCACAUGA